CAAAAUUAUCUGAUUAUCACUUCACUUGGCUCAGAUUUAGUUACUGUUUACUAUUUGGCUACUACAAGUGAAGUUUGUUCUAUUGUUGUUUAACUUAGGCAAUCCUCAGAUUUUUUAAACCUCAAAGUUUGUAUUGUGAUUAGAAACUUCCAGCAUUCAAUUUACUAAACCCUGAUUUGGAAUGUCUAUCAACAAGGUGAAAGCCGUAGGUUAUCCGUUAGCUGCAGUGUUUGAUGCAAAUGAUCAAAAAAGUUUUCGAAUGUUAAUUUUGUGGCUCGAGGAAAACAUAUUACAUUCUUAUGAACCAGAGAAGCGAAUAGAGUUACAAAAUGUCGAUUCUCCUUCUUGGGACACAGCAUUCAAAAACUAUUGUGUGUCACAAUCUAGUCCAAUUAAAACUACCGAAGCUAUCGACCAGUUGGAAUGGUUAUUAGGUGUGGCAAUUCGACUAACAUAUAAUAAACAAAAAAAUAAAUUUGAUUCUGAAACAAAAAAAACUCUUGAAGUUUCUACUGAUGUUCCAAUGAUUAUACCAUCCGAUAACCCAAUUGAUAACCUUGAUGUGAACAGUAGUGAUUUCAAGGAAGGUAUUGAGAAACUUGCGGACUUACUAAACAUUUCCAAGCAUCCGGAUCACAAAAUUACAUUAGAAGCCAUUCAUAAAUUUAUCAUUAAAAGACUUAAUGAAGAAGCCAUUAAAAAUCCGUCGUCUAUAUUACCAAAGGGAGAAGCUUUUCCUUUAGAAAAAGUAAAAGGUCAUAAAAUUGAAUCCAAAGAUUCAGCCGUUUUACACGCAAUGAAGGUCUUGAGGUUGGCACAAUUGCAUCGGUUACGUGAUCUUCAAACAUGUAUUAAUGAAUGUAUAGUAGCUAUGCAAGAAGUUACUUCUGAUCCAAAAACAGACACAAAAUUAGGAAAAGUGGGAUAUUGAAUAUCAAAUUAUUUUAAUUAAUUAUUUAUUUAAUGAAAGUGUAAAAUAUAUAUGAUUCUUAAAAAUGCCUCGUGUACAAUAAAUGAUGAGCUUUUUGAAU